AUGAUAGCUGAACAUUUAUCUAAUAAUAGUUUUCAGCAUGAUCCAGUCUAUGAUAUACACAGCAGAAGAUAUAUUAAUGAUCUUGUACAAGUACUAAUUCUGUACAAACUUUUUAAAAAUGCAGAGGACGCAAUGUCAGCGACUAAGGCAAUAGCUAAAAUAGUUCUAUUUACUAAUGUCAGUAUAGGUUCGAUCAGAAAAUAUCCAAAUAAAAUUAAUAUUCCAAAUGAAUUUUACAAUCUAGUAGAGGCAUUUUAUUAUUCGAUUCUAAGAGAAAGAGAAGGGUUAGAUGACAAAUACCCUCUCUCGCAGUUCGAUAGAACAAGGGAUCAAAAACAAUCUAAAGAACGUGUUACUAUUGCAUUGUGUUGUAAUGCUUCAGGAACUGAAAAAGCCAAGGCAGUUUUCAUUGGAAAAA